UUCAGUUUUUUUUUUUUUUUUCGCCGGAGAAAAAAAAAAUGGCGAUCGAAGUUUUUCCCGACAGUCCGACAAUGGGGAUGAGUCCUCGGAUCUCGUUCUCGCACGAUCUUUCCCAAUCCGACGUCGUACCAGUCGAAGAGUACAUUCGCACCACCACCUCCUCCGCCAUCGAUUUCGACUUCUGCGUUUUCCGGGAAAGCUUCGACCACCAUUCCUCCUCCGCCGACGAGCUCUUCUUCGAUGGCAAGAUUCUCCCCAUCCAAAUCAAGAAACGACUCUCCCCCGCCGCCACGCCUCCAGUACUCAAAAACCCACCACCACAACCGUCGCCGCCGCCGUCAUCCGCCCUUCCACCGGCGGCGCCGCCGCAGAAACCCCCGCCGCCCAGCAAGCCGUCCGCCGCCGCGGCGAGCGCGAAUGAAACGAAGAACCCGGUAGUAACUGCAGAGCCGCCGGAGGAAAAGCAGAAGUCCUUCUGGCGUUUCAAGCGGAGCUCGAGCUUGAACUGCGGCGGCAGCGGCGGCUACGGCGGAACCCUCUGCCCCUUGCCGCUCCUGUCAAGAAGUAACUCCGCCGGCUCCGCUUCCAGCGGUAAGCGCUCGUCGGUUUCAAAUAAUCACAAACAGAACUUCUCGAAAUACGCGCCGCCGAAGCAAGCGCCGCCGCCGCCGCAAUCCGCGUAUUCCUCGUCGUCUAAGCCGCCGUUGAAGAAGAACAGCCAUUCUUCUUCUUCUUACAUAAAUGGGUUUAAAUUCAAUCACGUGUUAAAUGUUCCUCCGGCGAAUCUAUUCGGCUUCGGCUCCAUCUUCUCCGGCGGCAGAGACAGAAGCAAGAAAAAGUUUUAACCUUUUUUUAAUUAAUUAAUUAAUUAAUUAACAUUUGUUUUGAUUCUUGAUUUUUAAUCUUUUUUUAAUUAAUUAAUGAUUGUGCAUCAUCAUUUCUUGAUUAACACUAAUGCUGCUUUUAGACCAUGAUUAAGAUUGUAAUUAACGUGGGUUUUUUAGUAAAUUAAUUAACAUGAAUUUAAAGUAA